AUGGAAGAAGCCAGUGUUGCUGUGUUUGUAACUGUGCAGAAAAUCUACUACCCUUUACUUUGCAUCGUGGGUAUUCCAGCCAACCUCUUCACAUUCUACAUGAUCUGUUUUCGUAAAUGUGGAAUGUCCAACACAGCCAUCAUUUACCUAAGCUGUCUGGCUAUUGUAGACACCUUCUACUUGGUGUGGGUUAUACUUCUGGACCUGACUCUGACCUUCUGGGUCCUGCAACCCUUCUGGCACUCCUACCCAUGGUGUGGUAUUCUUGGAUUCUUACAGUACGGCUCUCUCUACAGCUCCUCCUGGAUUGUGGUGGUGUUUACCAUCGAACGCUACCUCGUCCUCAGAAGCACAGCUUCCAAACAGAACUUUUCUCAAUCCUGGGUUACUAAAAUGAUCUGUACAGCUAUUGUGCUGCUGUCCCACCUGGUGUCCGUGCCAAUGGGCUGGAUCAACAUUGUCACGCCUGCAAACUUAACCAUAGAUGGAGAGAACAUGACACUCCCUCGGUGUCGAUAUCGCAAUCACACUUAUUCUACAGUUACAGUGUGGAUAGCUACCUUCCUCUCUGGAGGAGUCCCCAUUGUGUUAGUCAUCAUAUUCAACUACCUCAUUGGGUACCAUCUUUGCCGGGCCAGCAACCUCUUCACUAAGGAGGAACGUCGUUUCAUGUAUGGAAAGAACACCAGAGGUCCUAUGAAGAGAACUAUUUUCCUUCUGGGAACUGUCUCUGCAGCCUUUGUUGUACUUAGUCUGCCUCGCUUUGUCACAUACUGCAUCCUGAGGACCAGGUACAAUGGUGAAAACUUCAACAGGAAUGACUACAGCAUUCCGAUCAAUGUAGCUGGGGACUUGGCUAACAUGCUACAGAACCUCAACUCCACCACCAACUUUCUGCUCUACUGCAUGGUCAGCCGCCGCUUCCGACAGGAGCUGGUUAAGACCAUGACUUGCAAGGCAAAGACCCAUGAGCUGAGUACUCUCCUGAACCACACUACUAUGAAAGUUUUCUCAAUUGUAAAUCAUAGAGCUUCACCAUCCACCAACCCUAUGACUGUGGUGCUAACCAGUCUCAAACAGACAGAAUAG